AUGUAUCCCAACAACGGCAGCGGCACAGGCCCGCAGACGGGUGCCGUCACGCCCCGGUCGUCGGCCUCACUGCGUCCCCUCACUCUCUCCCACGGUUCUCUCGAGACAUCCUUUUUAAUACCUACCGGCAUCCACUUUCAUGCUUCCCGGUUGAAGGAGGGCUUCGUCGCAACUCUACCGGCACCCACCGAUGAGCUAGCCCAAGAUGACGAACCUUCGUCGGUGGCCGAGCUCGUGGCCCGGUACAUGGGUUAUGUUGCGCAUGAGGUUGCUGAGGGCGAGGACGACGUACAAGGGUCGGGCGAGGAAGUGCUUAAACUUAUUCUCAACGAGUUCGAGCGGGCAUUCCUUCGCGGCAACGAUGUCCAUGCCCUGGUGGCAACGCUCCCUGGCAUUGACGCGAAGAAGUUGGAGGUCAUUCGCAGCUACUUCGCUGCUCGUUCGGCGUCGAAUCGCGCAAUGAAGACGCACGAAUCGGCCUUGUUUCGGGCAGCCGAUGAAGAAGAUGCGAAGCUCUACAAUAUUUUUGGCGGCCAGGGCAACAUCGAGGAGUAUUUCGAAGAACUCCGCGAGUUAUACCUUACCUACCCAUCUUUUAUCGGGGAGCUGGUAGCGUCAUCAGCCGAACUUCUUCAGACCCUAUCCAGCCACCCGAGCGCGGAAAAGCUCUACGCUAAAGGUUUAGAUGUAAUGGGUUGGCUUCACAGCCCGGAUGCGACACCAGACGUUGACUAUUUGGUGUCGGCCCCGGUCAGCUUCCCCCUGAUCGGUCUCGUGCAGCUCGCCCAUUAUCAGAUCACCUGCAAGGUCCUCGGCCUCCACCCCGGCAUUCUGCGAGAGAGAAUCAGCGGGACCACGGGACAUUCCCAGGGCAUUGUGCUGGCCGCUAUCACGGCGGCCGCGGACUCGUGGGAGUCGUUCGAGGAGAUUGCCAACUCUGCCUUGACCAUCCUUUUCUGGAUUGGUGCCCGCAGCCAGCAGACUUUCCCCAUUACUUCUCUGAGCCCAUCCAUGCUUCAGGACUCUAUCGACAACGGGGAGGGCACCCCCACUCCCAUGCUGAGCAUCCGCGACCUUCCUCAGGCCGAAGUCCAGAAGCACAUCAACCAGACGAACCAGUACCUUCCUGAUGACCAGCACAUCUCGAUUUCGCUCAUCAACAGCCCGCGAAACCUGGUCAUCGCUGGCCCGCCGAGGUCGUUGUGCGGCCUCAACGCCCAGCUCCGAAAAGUCAAGGCUGCCACUGGUCUGGACCAGACUCGGAUCCCCCACACUGAACGCAAGGUUCGCUUUGUGAACCGGUUCCUCCCCAUCACUGCCCCCUUCCACAGCAAGUAUCUCGCCAAGGCAACCGCGCUGGUCGCCGAGGACUUGAAGGAUGUCGAAAUUGAUGUCAAGCGUCUGGGCAUCCCCGUCUACGACACGAACACUGGCAAAGAUAUCCGCGAGGAGGUGACUGGAAAUAUUGUGCCUGCGUUGGUUCGCAUGAUCACAAGCGACCCGGUCCACUGGGAGAAGGCCACCGUUUUCCCCGGAGCCACACACAUCUUGGACUUCGGUCCGGGAGGCAUCUCGGGUCUCGGUGUGCUGACGAGCAGAAACAAGGACGGCACCGGCGUGCGUGUCAUUCUAGCUGGGACGGUAAAUGGAACCGUGACCGAGGUCGGCUACAAGUCGGAGCUCUUCGACCGCGACGAGGAGCAUGCCGUCAAGUACGCGGUUGACUGGGUGAAGGAAUACGGUCCCAAGCUCGUCAAGACGUCGAGCGGCCAGACGUAUGUCGACACUAAGAUGAGCAGGCUGCUCGGUCUGCCGCCACUCCUAGUUGCCGGCAUGACCCCAGCCACUGUACCCUGGGACUUCGUGGCUGCCGCCAUGAACGCUGGCUACCAAAUUGAGCUGGCAGGCGGCGGAUAUUACAACGCCAAGACAAUGACAGCAGCCAUCUCCAAGAUUGAGAAGGCGAUCCCUCCUGGCCGUGGAAUCAGCAUCAACCUCAUCUAUGUCAAUCCCCGUGCCAUGGGGUGGCAGAUCCCGCUUCUUGGGAGACUCCGCUCGGAGGGCGUGCCAAUUGAGGGUCUGACCAUUGGUGCCGGCGUCCCGUCUAUUGAGGUUGCUCAAGAAUACAUCGAAACACUGGGUCUAAAGCACAUUUCCUUCAAACCUGGCUCGAGCGAGGCCAUCCAGGCUGUAAUCAACAUCGCCAAGGCCAACCCGACGUUCCCCGUCAUCCUCCAAUGGACCGGUGGCAGAGGUGGUGGCCACCACUCGUUCGAAGACUUCCACUCACCCAUUCUUGCCAUGUACGGCCGCAUCCGUCGUCACGAGAACAUCAUCCUCGUUGCUGGCAGUGGCUUUGGCGGCGCCGACGACACAUAUCCCUACCUGACCGGUGCGUGGUCCACCCAGUACGGGUACCCUCCGAUGCCUUAUGACGGCUGCUUGUUUGGCAGCCGCAUGAUGGUCGCCAAAGAGGCCCACACCAGCAGGGCCGCCAAGCAAGCCAUUGUGGACGCUCCCGGCCUUGACGAUGGCGAGUGGGAGAAGACCUACAAGGGCGCUGCCGGUGGAGUCAUCACCGUGCGGUCUGAAAUGGGUGAGCCCAUCCACAAGCUCGCCACGCGUGGUGUGCUCUUCUGGGCCGAAAUGGACCAAAAGAUUUUCAGCCUACCCAAGGAGAAGCGGGUUCCCGAGCUGAAGAAGAAUCGCGACCACAUCAUCCGGAAGCUCAAUGCCGACUUCCAGAAAGUCUGGUUCGGGCAGAACAAGGAAGGCCAGGCUGUGGAUCUGGAGGACAUGACGUACGGCGAGGUCGUCCGCCGUAUGGUAGAGCUUCUGUACGUAAAGGACGAAGCUCGAUGGAUCGACCCGUCUUUCCAGAAGCUCACGGUCGACUUCAUACACCGCGUGGAGGAGCGGUUCACCACCGCCUCCGGACAAUUCUCCGCUCUCCAACACCCCAAGGACCUAGACGAGCCCUGUUCUGCCAUCGAGCGCAUUCUGUCGCAUUACCCUGAAGCGGAGACUCAGAUCAUCAACGCCCAAGAUGUGCAACACUUCCUGCUGCUCUGUCAGCGACGUGGCCAAAAGCCGGUGACGUUUGUGCCCGCGCUAGAUGAGAACUUUGAGUUCUUCUUCAAGAAAGACUCGCUGUGGCAGUCGGAGGACCUUGGCGCCGUCAUUGGCAAAGAUGUCGGCAGAACUUGCAUUCUCCAGGGACCCAUGGCCGCAAAGCACUCGACCAAGGUGGAUGAGCCCAUCAAAGAGAUUCUCGACGGUAUCCAUCACGGCCACAUCGAGGGUCUGACUCGGGACCUGUACGGCAAUGAUGCCUCCAAGAUCCCUACCGUCGAGUACUUCGGCGGCAAGCUCAUCGAGGCAGAGAUCCCCUUGGAUGUCGAGGGCCUCACCGUCUCCGUGGAUGCCCACAAGAACACCUACCGAUUGUCCUCUUCUCCUUCGACUCAGUUGCCGUCGCUUGAGGAGUGGAUCUCACUUCUCGCCGGCUCGAGUCAGAACUGGCGCUAUGCCCUCCUCCAAUCCGAUGUCAUCGUCCAGGGCCAAAAGUACCAGACCAACCCGAUUAAGCAGAUCUUCGCGCCGACUCGGGGUCUCUUCGUCGAGAUUCUCCACCCCAACGACCCUGCCCAGACGGUCAUUGUGGUCAAGGAACAGCCGCGCCACAAUCGGUAUGUGGACGUGAUCGAGGUCAAGCUGGUGGGCAAGAACGAGAUCGCCGUCAGCAUGAUCAAGGAUACCACCGCCCUUGGGAAACCUGUCGCCCUCCCGUUGCGUUUCAUCUACCGCCCGGAGGCCGGCUAUGCGCCCAUUCACGAAGUCAUGGACGGCCGCAAUGAUCGCAUCAAGGAGUUCUACUGGCGUGCGUGGUUCGGUGACGAGGAGCUUGAUCUCAAUGCUUCUGUGACCAGCCAGUUUGAUGGCGGCAAGACUACCAUUACCAGCGAGGCCAUCAACGAGUUCGUCCACGCCGUGGGCAACACUGGCGAAGCCUUCGUCGAUCGCCCGGAAAAGACCAUGUAUGCACCCAUGGACUUUGCUAUCGUGGUGGGCUGGAAGGCCAUCACGAAGCCGAUUUUCCCGCGCACCAUUGACGGCGACCUCCUCAAGCUCGUCCACCUCUCCAACCAAUUCCGCAUGAUGCCCGGAGCUGAACCACUGAAGAAGGGUGAUGAGGUCUCUACUACGGCCCAGAUCAAUGCUGUCAUCAACCAAGACUCGGGGAAGAUGGUCGAAGUCUGCGGCACCAUCACUCGCGACGGCAAGGCGGUCAUGGAAGUUACGUCGCAGUUCCUUUACCGCGGUGUCUACACAGACUUCGAGAACACGUUCCAACGCAAGUUCGAAACGCCCAUGCAAGUCCACCUGGAGACUACCAAGGACGUUGCCGUCCUUCGCUCCAAGUCCUGGUUUACUUUUGAUGAAGAUGCCACGCCAGAGAUCGAUUUGCUCGGCCAGACUCUGAUCUUCCGACUUCAGAGUUUGGUCCGGUUCAAGGACAAGGCCGUCUUCAGCCAUGUUGAGACACGCGGUCAAGUCCUCGUCGAGCUGCCAACCAAGGAGAUUAUCCAGGUUGCUAGUGUGGAUUACGAGGCCGACAAUGCACACGGUAACCCGGUUGUGGAUUACCUGGAACGUCAUGGGUCGUCAAUUGAACAGCCUGUGAACUUCGAGAAUCCAAUUCCCCUCGGUGGAAAAACUCGGUUGCAGAUUCGGGCACCGGCAUCAAACGAGACGUACGCCCGUGUCUCGGGUGAUUACAACCCCAUCCACGUCUCUCGCGUCUUCGCCGCGUACGCCAACCUUCCCGGCACCAUUACCCACGGCAUGUACUCCAGCGCCGCUAUCCGCAGCCUAGUAGAGACGUGGGCGGCGGAGAACAAGAACGGCCGAGUGCGGAGUUUCUCUGCUUCGCUCACAGGCAUGGUCCUCCCCAACGACGACAUCGACGUCAAGCUGCAACAUGUCGGUAUGGUUGCUGGUAGGAAGAUCAUCAAGGUCGAGGCUGUGAACAAGGAGACGGAGGACAAAGUGCUUCUCGGCGAGGCAGAAAUCGAGCAGCCCGUCACUGCUUACGUCUUCACCGGCCAAGGCUCCCAGGAGCAAGGGAUGGGAAUGGACCUCUACGAUAGUAGCCCCGUCGCCAAGGAGGUCUGGGACCGUGCUGACAAGUACCUCAUGGAUACUUAUGGUUUCGCCAUUACCAACAUUGUCCGCAACAACCCCAAGGAGCUGACCAUCCACUUCGGCGGCCCGCGCGGCAAGGCCAUUCGCCAGAACUACAUGGCCAUGACCUUCGAGACAGUGGCAGGUGAUGGCUCGAUCAAGUCGGAGCGCAUCUUCAAGGGAAUCGACGAGAAGACCCAGUCCUACACUUACCGCUCCCCCACUGGCCUGCUUUCGGCCACUCAAUUCACCCAGCCCGCCUUGACGCUGAUGGAGAAGGCCAGUUUCGAGGACAUGAAGGCCAAGGGGCUUGUCCCCCGUGAUAGCACAUUCGCUGGUCACUCUCUUGGCGAGUACUCGGCUCUGGCAGCCCUUGCUGAUGUCAUGCCGAUUGAGUCGUUGGUGUCGGUCGUCUUCUACCGUGGCUUGACAAUGCAGGUUGCCGUCGAGCGUGACGCAUCGGGCCGGUCCAACUACAGCAUGUGCGCGGUCAACCCUAGCCGUAUCAACAAGACGUUCAACGAGGAAGCCCUGCGGUUCGUGGUGAACAACGUUUCUGAGACCACUGGCUGGCUUCUUGAGAUUGUCAACUUCAACAUCGCCAACAUGCAGUACGUCUGCGCCGGCGACCUCCGGGCUCUCGACACCUUGACUGGUGUUACCAACUACCUCAAGGCCAUGAAGAUCGACAUCGAACAAAUGCGCAAGGAAAUCCAGCCGGAAAUGGUCAGGGAAAAGCUCGUCGAGAUCAUCAAGGCGUGUGCCCAGGAGACCGAGGCCAAGCCGACGCCCCUGGAGCUACAGCGCGGCUUCGCCACCAUUCCCCUCAAGGGCAUCGACGUGCCGUUCCAUUCGACCUUCCUUCGCUCCGGUGUCAAGCCUUUCCGAAGCUUCUUGCUCAAGAAGAUCAACAAGACAACGAUCGACCCGGCCAAGCUGAUUGGAAAAUACAUCCCCAACGUGACGGCCAGGCCGUUUGCGAUUACUAAAGAGUACUUCGAAGACGUCUACCGCCUCACCAACUCUCCCAAGAUCGGUCAUGUCUUGGCCAAUUGGGAGAAGUAUCAGGACGACAACAGCGCGCUGACCGCGGCCAUGACGAACGGGGCUGGCGAUGCGAACGGGGUCAACGGGGAUAACGGGAGUCUGUAA